AUGUUGAAAAGCGAAUCGCUCAAGGGUGCUUUGAUAUACUACGACGGUACGCACAACGAUGCUCGAAUGAACUUAGCGAUAGUCCUGACGGCCAUAAGGCACGGAGCAAAGUGUGCCAAUCAUGUCAGAGUGGAGCGCUUACUGAAAGACGCCAACGGAAAAGUAUGCGGCGCCCAUGUUAAAGACAUGAUGUCCAACAAUGAAUGGGACAUCAAAGCGAAAGCUGUCGUUAACGCCACCGGACCGUUCACCGACACGAUCCGCGUAAUGGCCGAUCCGAACACGAAGCCGAUUUGUGCCCCUAGUUCCGGUGUGCAUAUAGUGUUGCCAGGAUACUACAGUCCAUCGAGUACCGGGCUUUUGGAUCCGGACACCUCAGAUGGCCGCGUGAUUUUCUUCCUACCAUGGGAACGUAUGACUAUUGCUGGAACGACAGAUAAACCUUCCGAGGUCACAUUGUCUCCCAUCCCGACAGAUGCUGACGAGAUCCGCGGAUAUUUGUCCAAAAGUGUAUCUAUUCGACGUGGUGACGUGAUGAGUGCAUGGUCAGGACUACGACCACUUGUGCGUGACCCGAACAAGAAGGACACGAAGAGUAUAGCCAGAAAUCAUAUCAUAGAGGUUUCGGAUUCCGGUUUGGUUACAAUUGCGGGUGGAAAAUGGACCACGUACAGGCACAUGGCUGAAGAGACAAUCGAUGCGUGUGUCAAGGCUCAUAAUCUGAAGCCAACGAACGGUUGCAUUACUGCAGGUCUCAUGUUGGAAGGUGGUCACGAUUACGACCCUCUGAUGUACAUUCAUCUUGUACAGGAUUACGGUCUUGAAGUUGAUGUAGCACAACAUUUGGCGCACACAUACGGUGAUCGUGCCUUUUGUGGUGGCACGAAUGUGCAAGAUGACCGGCAAAAGAUGGCCAAUCAUCGGUAA